AGGCGGCAGCAACACUUCGAACAGCAGCCAAGCAGCAAAGGAAAACCAGGAAUCAAAGCAGCGACAGAGACUCAGAAGCAGCGCAACGGCAGAAGGGAAAUGGACCCAGCAGCAGCAGCGGCAGCAGCAGCAGCAGCAGUUGAGAGUGUGAAGAAAGUGCUAGGGCAACUAGCUCUCCUCUCAGUGGUGUGUGAAUUUAUGUAUUCGUGUUAGUGCCAGUGCCAGUGCCAGUGAGUGUGUCCCUGUGUGUGGCUGUGUACAUAUAGUUGUGGUUGCUCCCAAGGAAAAGCAUCGCCGGGAUGGCGAGGAUGUCGAUGCUGAUGAUAAUGAUGAUGCUGCCCGCCACUACCAGACUCAUUUAGUGUGUUCAAAUGGAAGACUGACCUCAGCAGGAGUAGGAGCACGAGUACGAGGAGUACGAGCAGCCAAGUGGCAAGAAAUCGCACUGAUUGACGCACAGCAGCAGCCAGAACCAGCCGCCGCACUGGCGUCGUUUUGCGAACGCGGCCUGAUGCCCGACUCGAUGAUGGACAUGGACCAUCAUCAGCAGCAGCAGCAGCAGCGACACCAGCAGCCGCCGCGCAUGACGAUGACGGCGAGCACGAGCACCUUUGCCCCACCGGCACCGCCAGCCGCCGCAGCUCCACCGCCCAUCGAUCAGCGGGAUCGGGAUAGGGAUCGGGAUCGGGAUCGGGAUCAGCUGCAUCAGCAGCACAAUCACCAUCAGGCCUCGUCCCCAUCCACGGGCCCCAUGAUGCAACACCCAACGCAGCCGCCACCGCAGCAGCAGCAGCAGCAGCAGUCCAGCAUGCAGCAGCAGCAGCCGCAGAUACGGGAGCGGGAGAACCACCAACAGCAGCAGCAGGCACCACAGCAGCAGCAGCAGCAGCAACAGCAGCAAAUUCAAGUGCAACAGCAGCAGCAGUUGCAGCUGCCCGUCGGACAUCAUGCGCUGAUGCAGCAAUCGCAGCAGCAGCAGGCCAUCCAUCGGGCCGAGGCGCGACGAGAUACACAAGCAAAACAUUCCCACGGAUUUCUCUAUUCGGAUGAGGAGAUCAGCGACAAGGCCUCAACAUGCGGCAAGCUUCUCAUCUUUCUCUCCGUGGCAUUGGUGAUAAUGACGCUGCCCUUCAGCCUCUUCGUUUGCUUCAAGGUGGUGCAGGAGUACGAGCGGGCGGUUAUCUUCCGUUUGGGUCGUCUCAUGCAGGGCGGUGCCAAGGGUCCAGGCAUCUUCUUCAUCCUGCCCUGCAUCGACUCGUAUGCACGUGUGGAUUUGCGUACCCGCACCUACGAUGUGCCCCCACAGGAGGUUCUCACAAAGGAUAGCGUUACGGUUUCGGUGGAUGCAGUGGUUUACUAUCGCGUAUCAAAUGCAACGGUCUCUAUAGCGAACGUGGAGAAUGCUCACCAUUCGACCAGACUACUGGCACAGACUACUCUACGAAACACAAUGGGAACUCGGCAUUUGCAUGAGAUACUCAGCGAGCGUAUGACGAUUUCCGGCACAAUGCAGGUUCAACUCGACGAAGCCACCGAUGCCUGGGGCAUCAAAGUUGAACGUGUUGAAAUCAAGGACGUGCGUCUGCCCGUGCAACUGCAACGCGCCAUGGCCGCUGAGGCGGAGGCUGCCCGUGAGGCACGCGCCAAAGUCAUUGCCGCCGAGGGCGAGCAGAAGGCAUCGCGGGCGCUGCGUGAGGCAUCCGAGGUGAUUGGCGACUCGCCGGCUGCCCUUCAGCUUCGGUAUCUGCAGACACUCAACACCAUUUCUGCGGAAAAGAACUCGACGAUUGUGUUCCCCCUGCCCAUCGAUUUGAUAACGUAUUUCCUGAAGACCAAUGAAGCCUCCACCCAGCGGAAGGCGGCCAAUGCCAGGGAUGCCCUCGGCUAUACGCCGCCUCCACUGCAUCUACCGCCUCAGCAGCAGCAAUACCAGCAGCAGCCGAUGUACCCACAGCAGCAGCAGCAGCAGCAGUAACAACACAAC